GGCUGAUAGAUGAUAGCGCACCUUUCAUCUGACUCUUCAAUUCCUUCUUAUUGUAACUGUCAUUUUCUGUGAAACUGUCAGAACUCAUGCCUCAUGCUAUAUUAUUACAAAACAGCAUAAAAGAGAUUUUCCUCAAUAUAUUCUUCAAGAAUGUUUCCAUACCUUCCUGUGGGCAUGCUUUUGGCGUCAUACUACUGCAGCAAAGGAGACAGUAGGACAUUGGGACAGCCAGAGUUGUUUGGCCCUUCAGUGGCUUUAGUGAAUGACGUUGCUGACUUUAAUUGUCAACUGUUGAUUUACCCAAAGAAUGCAACUAUCCUGCUGGAGUUGUUCAAGGAGGGAAAUCGCAACAAGUUGCUGGGGUUCGACAUUUCCAAUGUUGCCUCGUUCCCCAUUCUUAUCAGAACUUUUCAUGAGGGCGACCUGGAGUGUGUGGCCAGAGCACUGAACUAUUCUCAAGUGGAGCCCACUGUCAGCUAUACGCACAACCUCAAGGUCAUUGAGCCAGUUGCAGGUGCAGAGGUCAUCAUUCAAUCCGGUUCAGAUGAGUUUUUUGAGGGGACGACACUGGAGCUGCAGUGUACUCUUACAGCUGGAACUCAUGUUUCUUACAAGUGGCUAGUAAAUGGUCAGCCUUUCUCACAAUCACAACUCCACUAUGCUACAAAUAACCAGCUUUUCAUCUACAGAACCACCUCUGCCGACAGCGGCUCAUACAUGUGUGUUGCUACAAACCACUAUGACACAAGAGUCUUCACAUCAAACAGCUCAGAAGUGGAAAUCACAGUCAAAGACAUGGUGUCAAACCCUGACAUUUCCUUCAAGGUGCUAAAGGAGGAUUCCUACAACUAUUUUGCUGUGGUCACCUGCCAGUCCACCAGGGGGACACUGCCCAUCACCUUUUCCCUCCACAACAGGACAGAAUUGGCUUUCAGUAUGACAGUUAAUGAGACAAAAGCAACCUUCAAGGUUCCAUUUGUUUUGAGCACACAGCUAGGAUGCCUCCGGUGCCAAGCCAAUAAUGGCAAUGAGGAUGCGUUCAGUCAGUGGUUGCCCUUACAAGUUGUAAGUGUUAGUGGGCCAGUGAUGAUGCACUAUGACUAUGAAAUUGGAAAAAACUAUGCUGUAAUUGGCCAGAGAUUCUACUGCAAGGCGACGAAGGGAUCUCAUCCACGGUACCAGUGGUUCCUCAACCAAACUCUUCUCCAAGGUCGAGGAAGCUUUUACUACACGGUCAAUCAGCCACCAGACCAGUCCAUCCUCCUGCUGUCUGUAGGGAGGAGCAGUGCAGGGACGUACCAUUGUGAAGUGUCUGACAUCUUUGACAACACCACUGCCAUCAGCAGCAAAAAACAAUAUAUAGACGAAAAGGUGGUCAAUCGUCUCCCUGUUUCUGUGGUGGCUGUUGUUUUUGGAUGCUUCACUUUCUUGGUUCUCCUGGUCUCUGCCUGUUGUUUCGAUGGAGUGUUUAGGACAAGAAAGAGUGGAGAAAAUUCCCUUGUGAGUCAGGAGAUGGAGACAUUUGCUGCAGACGAGGAUGAGCUGGAAAUUUCAGAGUAUCACGAGGAUGAUGAUGUGGUGAGGUCAGCCAGAUGUGAUGAAUUAGAUUGGGAGCAUUGCCCGAUGUGAACCAUGCCUCGCAUAAAAGAACUCCCAUAAGACCCACAAAUGAAGUAUUGUUAACUGGCAUGAAGCUGAAAAUGGUUCCAAAAGUAUCUUUAAAAGCCUUGAUGUCCACGAUAACAGAGACUGUCUCCGAAUGAAGAUAGUUCAGCACUGCUACUCUCCCUAGCAGUGGCCGCCCUGUAAACAUGACUGCAAGAAGAAAGUGCAGAAUUCUCAAUGAGGUAAAGAACGUCUGGCUAACAUGUCUUUUGACAAAUCUAUGAUCAGUAAAAUAUUGAGAAUGAAUGUCAUUGGAGGACAACAUGAGCCACUGCUGUUUGAAAAAAACAUUGCUACAGGUCGGACGUUUGCAAAAGAGCACCUGGAUAUUCCAUGGCGCCACUGGCAAAGUUGAAACUAAAGUUGAGUUGUUUGGAAGGAACGCAACACUAUGCACCGCACACCAACAUCAAAACGUCAUCCCAAUUGUGGAGUAGGAUUGUGGGAACAUCAUGGUUUGGGACUGUUUUGCUGCCUCAGAGCCUGAAUGCAUUGCUAUCAUCUAUGGGAAAAAACUUUAUCAAGACAUUUAGCAGGAGAACUCUCUGUUAAUUGAGGUUCAACAGAGGAUGGGUGGUGCAACAGGAAAACCAGCCGAAGUACAGGAGUAUAUUAACAAUUGAAUUGCUUCUACAGGAGAAAAUGGGUCUGCUGGAGCGUCCCAGUCAGAGUCCACAUUUCAACCCUCAAGAGAACGAUUCACACCAGACAUCCCAAGAAUAUUGCUAAACUGAAACAGUUUUGUACCUAGGAAUGGUCCAAAAUUCCUCCUGACCAUUGUGCAGGUCUAAUCUGCAACUAUAGAAAAUGUUUCCUUAUGGUUAUUGCUGCCAAAUGAAGCUCAAUCAGUUAUUAAAUUGAAAGGCUCACAUAUUUUUUUCACCCUGUGCUGCGAUGUUUACAUGUUGUGUUCAGUGAAAACAUAUAUAAUGUCUUGUCAUGUAUCAGUUUAAGAAAAUUGUAUUUGUCUAAUGUUGUAACUUACAUGAAGAGCAGAUGACAUUUUACGACCAAUUUAUACAGAAAUCCAGUACAGUAAUUUCAAAGGGAUCGUAUAUUUGCAACUGUAAAUGUCACCAGGAAGUUACUCCAACAAAGUGGCCUCUUUUGUUUACUGAGUGUGUGUUGUUGUCAGGUAUCAGAAACCUUUAAAGAUGAUGGGAUGUUUGUUGUUGAACCAGCUGAUGAGCCCUGAGGGACCAAACUGCUGUUUUUGUCCCCCUUUUCUUUUUCCCCACAAAACAAAAUAGUCACUUAAGGGAGCAUCUGUUUCGCAGUCAAAUGGAUCAGUUUGUGGUGUGAAACUGUGGAACAGUAUGAGUGAGGAAUUAAAGCAAUGCCCAAACAUUAACCAAUUUUUUAAAAUUCAUAAAAAAUAUGCUGCACACAGGGUAUGGGUAUGGAGGGCAGGCAGUAUAGAUGUACAGCAUUAACUGUGUAUAUAGGAAAAAACUAUUGUGUAUGUGGGGGUGUACACAUAAUUUAUGUAAAGUGUUUAUUUGUGAUAUAUAUGUAUUGGUAUAGGUAUGCAUGUAUGUACAGUGGGGCAAAAAAGUAUUUAGUCAGUCACCAAUUGUACAAGUUCUCCUACUUAAAAAGAUGAGAGAGGCCUCUGAUUUUCAUCAUAUGUCACCUAUGAAGACACAAAAUGAGAAAAGAAAAUCCCAAAAAUCA